AGAGCGCGGGAGAAUCCUGUGGAAAACUGAACACAGGCGCUGUUUUUAUUAAGAGACACUAAAAUCACGAGUCACACCGCCACAGAGUGAAUAUAAAAGUGUAAAGUUCGUCUCUGAAGUUCGUCCUGCGGUUGUGGUUCGGGUUCGUGCGGUUGUGGUUCGGGUUCGUGCGGUUCUGGAGCCGCGGGGGUCGCUGUAGUUUCGGGUUUGGCCGCGCGGAGCUCUCGUUUCCGCGUGUCCGUGGAGUGCGGGAAAACUUGGUCAACAGCCGCGGGACUUCAGCCCGGUUCCGCCGCGGAAAGUGCCCGGUUCGACCCGCUUCAGGAGCCCGCGUGAGCCCGUGUGAGUCCGUGAGCCGCGGACCGUCCGUGGAACUGCACACGACCGGACCGAACCUCGACAGGAGCCGUGUAGCGGCGGAGAGAGCGCGGAGCCGCGGGUCUGAGCCGCUCCAUGCGGUGGGCAGAUUAUCUCUAACAAAGAGCCGACGGUCCCGCGUCCCGCCGCCGACACACGAACCCGGAGCCCGACCCGGUUCCGACCCAACAGCCGGAGAUGCCGCUGCUCCACCGAAAGCCUUUCGUGAGGCAGAAACCCCCCGCGGACCUGGACCCGGACGAGGAGGUGUUUCUGUGCAAAAUCACCCACGAGAUCUUCCGAAGCUACGAUGAGUUCUUCGAGCGGACCAUCCUGUGCAACAGUCUGGUGUGGAGCUGUGCGCUGACGGGUCGAGCAGGCCUCACGUACCUGGAGGCUGUGGAGAGCGAGCGUAAGGCCCGGUCCAGUCUCCAGAACUUCCCCGAGGUUCUGCUGAAGCCUCUGCUGCUCCUGGUGAAACAGAGUCAGAGCAAACGUCUGUCCGAGCUCUGUGAGGACGUCUACGGCUUCUGCAAAGAGAGAUACUUCCCCGGAGAAACAGUCGAUGUCAGCACCCGAGGAGGAGCCAGGCUGGCGUGUCGGGUGCUGCAGGUUCUGUCUCCUCAGUCGAGCUCAAACGGGUCUGAGCUCAGUCCUCACGCCAGGUCCAACGGCGCCGCCAAGACCCACCAGGACUCCAUCAUUAUCAGCGACAGUGACGAAGACGAGCUGAGCACGACGCCGCCGCCGCCGCACCUCAACGGUAGGCGUGGGAGGCCUCUGUCUCCGUCCGUGUUUCGUUACACGGUGAAGUCGGUGAGUGGAGAAUCUGAGGCUUUUACUGUGAAAGCAGCUCAGCUCAGUCGGAGGAAGAACGUUGUGUCCCGGGAGAAGCUGAAGUUGCUCUUCAAAAACCACUGUGAGCCUCAAAACGGAGCCAUCGUCCUGAAGGCGUCCACAGUCUCCAGGUUUGGACUCUCAGACCUGAACUUCACUCAGUUCUUCCCUGAUGAGCCUCCAGUUUUCAGCCACUCCUCCAAGAGCUCACCUGGACAGGGGGCGCUCUCUCAGCUCAAGGCCAUGGAGGAGAAGCUGAAGCUGCUGCAGCAGAAGGAGGACAUGACCCAGAAGAAGAGAGAGAAACUGAAAGAAGAGAAGAAACGACAGAGGGAACUGAAGGAGGAACGAAGGAGAGAAGAGGAGAAGAGUGGCCAGAAGAACCGAGAACAUCUGAAACACAAGAAAGUGAUGAAGAGAGCGGAGAAGGAGAAGAAAAUCCAGCAGAGACUUGAAGAGGAGAGGGAAGAGCUGAAGAGAGACGAGGAGCGCCUCCUUCUGAAGGAGAACCUCAAGAAGGUCCGAGAAGAACUGAGGCAGAAGAGACUGGAGGAGAAAGAGAUGAAGAGAGCGGAGAAAGAGAAGGAGCGAGAGAAGCUGAAGGAGGAGAAGAGGAAAUACGCCGAGAGAAUCAAACAACUGAGCAAACCCACAGAGGACCUGGACUGUGAAGAUCUGCAGGAGCUGCCCCUGCCCGCCCCGGUGCAGACUCGUCUUCCCUCUAACCUGUUCGGAGAGGCUCUGAUGGUUCUGGAGUUUCUCAGAUCCUUCGGGGAAAUCUUCGAUCUGAAAGACGAGUUUCCUGACGGCGUCACUCUGGAGGUCCUGGAGGAGGCGCUGGUGGGCUCAGACCCUGAGGGGCCGCUGUGUGAGCUGCUCUUCUUCUUCCUGUCAGCCAUUUUCCAAAGUUCAGAUGAAGACGAGGAGCGGCGCCGCGAAGACCCAGAUCUAUCUGAGGCCCUGGACGACGCCGCUGACUCCGCCCCCUCCUCCCUGGCUGCCAUGACGACGGCGGCGAGGGCGUGGUCACAGCUGCAUCAGGGGCGGAGCCUGAAACAUCUGGACCUGGACAGCUGCUCUCUGAGCGAAAUCCUCCGACUGAAAAUCCUCUCGGCCGACGGCAAAGACGAUCCCUGUGCCGAACUGAGGAGUAUGAGACCCGAGAUACUACGAAAACUACUGAGUACUGCAGUAUACGACCUGCAGCCAGGGGAGAAGCUGCAGAUCCUCAACGCUCUGGUGGGGAAACUCUUGACUCUGGAGCUCAGCAGGGACCUGAUGGAGGAUUGUCUGGACGAACAGAAGGCGGCCAGGAUCGAACUGAGAGAAAUACGAGCAGAACAACACCGACGGGAGAGAGAGGAGGCGGCCUACAGAGUCCGGAUGAGGAAAGAAGAACGACUCCGAGAGCAGGAGCAGAGGAUGAAGGAGAAAGAGGACAAGCUCCGAGAACAAGAGAACAUCAGUGUGAACGGAACCGGACCAGAACCAACCCCAAAGCUCCACAAACCCGAACAGAACCAGGACAAAGGUGUUCAGAAAGGAACUGAAUCCAAACCUGUGCCUCUGACUCCAGAAGAACUCCAGCAGGAACAGGAGAAGGUGCGUGAGUUGCUGGUUCGACUCCACAGAUCUUCGUCUUGCACGUCGUUGCUUCCUCUGGGCAGAGAUCGUUGGUUCCGUAAAUACUGGCUCCUCCCGUCUCAGUCGGCUCUGUUUGUGGAGGAGGACACGUUUGGACUGACCGCAGACAUGACCCGGCCCGAGACCGCCACCGCCGCCGCCCAGCGCGCUCACCACGCUCACCACGCGGCGUGUAACGGCGCCUCGGAGGACACCGCCAUGGAGGAAAAUGGCGUCAGCACCACCUCCAGCCCCGCCCCCAUCUGCCUGGACUCCGCCCCCCAGAGCCCUAACCCCGCCCCCAUCUGCCUGGACUCCGCCCCCCAGAGCCCUGACUCCGCCCCCAUCUGCCUGGACUCUGCCCCCCAGAGCCCUGACCCCGCCCCCAUCUGCCUGGACUCCACCUCCCAGAGCCCUGGCCCCGCCCCCCAGAGCCCUGGCCCCGCCCCCCGCUGGUGGUUCUUCUGGAGGGUGGAGCAUCUGGAGCAGCUUCUGCAGAGUCUGAACCCUCGAGGACACAGAGAGAGCGGCCUGAAGGAGGCGCUCAACCACGAGAGAGAACGAAUCACCCACGCCCUGCAGACCUGCGACCACGACAAGUACAGACACACAGAGGAACAGCGUUUCCCAGAGUGCACUGCGGCCGAGUCUGUGAUGGAGGCCAAACUCAGAGACCUGCUGCUGGACAUCGAGGAUCGAGUUCACCAGGGCACGCUGGGGUCACUCAAGGUGCCGGAGCGGCAGGUGUGGCGGGCGGCGCUGGAGGUGGGUCAGUACCACACUUUGAUUGACAACUGUGAGGACCAAAUGAUGGAGGUGGACAGUGACAGCCUCAGCGCCUGGUCUGUAGGCGGCGGCGGCGGCGGCGGCGGCGUCGUCAGGGCUCUGGCCGCUGCUCUGGGUCAGAUCGAACGGGGAAUCGAAAGACGCUUCCUCAAACCUCCUCUGGGUGAAGAGGAGACCAAGAAGGAGCAGAAGACCAAGAAGACUCAGCCCAGUGACGAUGUAUGUGACGGGGGUCGUGGGGGCAGGUCUGUGUUGGAGCGGUGGAGAGAGUCUCUGAGCUGCUGCUCCAGUCUGUCACAGGUGUUUGUGCACCUGUCGACCCUGGAGCGCUCGGUGCUCUGGUCUCGUUCUCUGUUAAACGCUCGGUGCCGAAUCUGCCGAAGGAAAGGAGACGCCGACAGCAUGCUGCUGUGUGACGGGUGCGACCGAGGGCACCAUACACACUGUGUGCGACCCAAACUCAAGUCUGUCCCCAGUGGAGACUGGUUCUGUCCCGACUGUAAACCCAAACAGAGGUCCAGCAGAAUCCCCUCCAGAACCAGGAGCUCCAUCGACGAAGACGAGGAAGACGACGACGACGACGAGGAAGAAGAAGACGACGACGAUCAGGACGAAGAGACGGAAGACAGCGAAGAAGACGACGACGAAGACGACGACGACGAGGAGGAAGAGGAGGAGAACCCCCCGCCCAGCAGGAGAGGCUCGGCUCCGCCUCCGAAGGGAAAGAACCAAUCAGCAUCGUCCAGGAGCCAGCAGGCCACGCCCAAAACCACCGGGUCUGCAGCAAAGCCCGCCUCCAGGUUGUCGGGUAAAAAGUCUCCGCCCUCGUCCAAAGCUCCGCCCAGAGCGGGCAGCCGCAGCAGCGCCCGCCUCAGCCUCGAGGUCACGCACAACGGGAAGAGCGGCGCCCCCAAAAAUACCCCCAAGACCACCCCAAAAACCACCCCCAAGACCAGCCCCCAGCCCGCCCCCCCGGCCGCCCGCCCCGUGCUGCCGUCGGGGCUCCUCCCCGGCGUCUCCUCGGGCGUCUCGGGCAGCAGGAGGUCGUCCGGCAGGAGUCAGGGCGUCCACGAGCUGUCGGCCUGCGAGCUGCUCACCGUCGAGCUGGUGAGACACGAAGACAGUUGGCCCUUCAUGAAGCUCGUGUCCCGCACUCAGGUUCCAGAUUAUUACGACAUCGUGAAGCGUCCGAUCGCCCUGAGCACCAUCAGAGAGAAAGUCAACAACUGUGAAUAUCACUCUGCAGGUGAGUUCGUGGCUGAUGUGGAGCUCAUGUUCUCCAACUGUCUCCAGUACAACCCCCGACACAGCAACGAGGCCAAAGCUGGACUCAGGCUCCAGCAGCACUUCCACGCCGAGCUCCACAAGAUCGGACUGACUCGGGACGCCAGGGAGACCCGAGAGACCCGAGAGACCCGACCCGAGAGGAGCCUGCAGCAAAGCGCGGCAGGCACUGAGCAGGGCCUGGACCGUGGACCGGACCGUGGACCGGAGAAGAACCUGCCUCAAAACGCUCCAGACCUUGAGGAGAGAAGAAAGAACUGGGGAUUGGACUGUGGUUUAUAAAUGUUUUACUUCUAUCUGGUCUGGUCCUGGUCUGGUCCUGGUCUGGUCCUGGUCCGGUCCUGGUCUAGUCCGGUCUUGGAUCAGGUUUAGAUGAAUCUCUGUCAAACGGAGUGCACACUGAACUAAAAACAGUUGGAGUAAAAGUGACCAAACAUUAGAGACAUAAAUGUUUCUUUUCACUUUGAGUUUUGGGUGAAAUAAAGUUUUAGUGUUUAAAUAUUAAAAACUAAAUCCUCCUAAAACGAUGGUUAAAUAAAUGAGCUGUUUAAA